AUGUUUAGGGGAAUUACCUUUGAGAAAAGUAAGGAGUUGAGGAUUUCAAUAUUGGUGCACACUAUCAAGCCUUCUAAUGCUCUGGCCUGUAAGACUUACACUGAAGCUUUGACUACGUUAAAAUUGGCAAGAAAAUCAGUUGAUGAUUUCAGUGAUCAACACUUUGAUGAGAAAGCUUUGAUUGCGACCUCGGAUUUCCUUAAUUGUCUCAUGUCCUUGCUUUGGGAAGUGCUUCAACCAGUGAAUGCUUGUGCCGUUGUUCCAGCGAAGGAUCAACGGUUAGAGCUAUACGAAGGACUCAGAUACUUGAGGAAAGAAAAUGUAACACCGGUGGACAUUGGGCGCCUUUCGAAGUUGUUAGAAUCGAUCAAACUUAUUAUGGCAGAACUUGGAGAGAAAGAACCACAUGUAUUCUCUCGAAGUAGUACCCAGUUGGCUUAUGUCGACCCUGUUUUAAAAAAAUUGUUUGAGUUGAAAAGCUGCGGUGUUCAACCAACUGCAAUGACUCAAGCUGAAACUAUCCAAGAGGAACUUGUCUGCCUAAGAUAUUUCUUGGGUGACAUUAUGGAAUUGCAACUUGAUGAUCAGCAAGAACUCCAAAGUUUGUGGGUUCAUGUUCUGGGUCUGAUAUACUAG